AGAGGAAAAGGAAGAGUCUUGAAUUAUGAAAUUGAUGGAGAAGGAACAGGAGCUUGAGUGGACUAAAGCACAGAGCAUUGUGAUAAGUGUAGACCUUGUGGCUGCAGCAAAGCAGCAGCUUCAGUUUCUUGCUGCUGUUGAUAGGAAUAGGCAUCUCUACAAAGGUCCGGCUCUUCAGAGGGCUAUCUAUAGGUACAAUGCCUGUUGGCUUCCAUUACUUGCCAAACAUUCAGAGUCACAGGUUUCUGAGGGACCUUUGGUUGUACCUCUUGAUUGUGAAUGGAUCUGGCACUGUCACAGGCUCAAUCCGGUUCGAUACAAGACUGACUGCGAGGAACUUUAUGGAAAGAUUCUUGACAACUCGAAUGUUGUUUCCUCUGUUCAAGGUUUCUGCAAAAGUAAAACUGGAGAACUCUGGAAUAGUCUGUAUCCAGAAGAACACUACAACUUCAACUUACAAAAGGCAUUGUCUGAGGAUAUAUCUGAAAGGAUUUCCCAACUUGACAAAUGCACCAAAUAUGAUCUAGUUUCAGCUAUUAAAAGACAAUGUCCUUUCUUCUACCAGGUAUCUGCACCCCAUAUGAACCAUGAUCUGUUUCUUGAAGGAGCUGUUUCUAGAUAUAAAGGGUUUCUCCAUUUAAUCAAGAGCAAUAAUGAGAAGUCUUUAAGGCGUUUCUGCGUUCCAACAUAUGAUAUCGAUCUUAUCUGGCACACUCACCAAUUGCAUCCUGUAUCGUAUUGUAAAGAUCUGCAUGAACUACUUGGAAAGGUUUUGGAACAUGACGAUAUGGAUUCAGACAGAACUAAAGGGAAGAAGCUAGAUACUGGGUUUUCUGGAACGACCAAGCAAUGGGAAGAGGCAUUUGGUACCAGUUAUUGGAGAGCAGGAGCCAUGUAUAGAGGCAGUGCUCCCUCUCCUGUCACAACCACUCCUUAUCAAUCUAACAUCAUUAGCAAGGAUGCAAUUGCAUCUCCUGAUCAUCAAAAAGUGAUUGAGCUACCAGAGGUGAAAGCUGUGGAGGUCCUUUUGGAGUUUCUUGAAGUUAGGAACUUACCAGAAGGACACAAAGGGAUUAUCUUUGCCUCAUUCAGUAAGACCACACAAGAUAUAUUUUCCAACACUAAGCGGAGACUCGGCAUUUUUUCCGAGUAUGGAGAGAAACAGGUUGCUUCUUUCCAGUGUGAACCUACUGGAGAGCUGCUUUUUGAACUCAUGUCCCAUUCACCUUCCCAUAUACCAAUGAAAUGGACAUAUAAAACAUUAGGUUCUGCUUCAUUCUCUCUUCAAGACUUUCUGCUCCCACCCUCUAAAUUAUAUGUAGAAAAAUGCUUGGAGAUGGUUCCGAGCUCUGAAGUUGGGAAUUUAAAACCAAUCUACCUGCAGUUUGCUAUGUCUUUUACUAUUCCAACCAUAGCACAACACACACUUCACCUUGUUCGUUCUCGACCUUUUUCAAAAAGUUCUUGCUUUCUCCCCUUUGCUGGGAAGAAUCAAAAUGCCAAGAGUUGGACACAAGUGGUUGAUGAAACUGGGACAGAGGUCCUUCGCCUGCAAAUGAGGGUUGCGGAAAUGGAAAAGGGAACCAGCGUUCCCAGAAAAGAGGUGGUUGGAAUUACCAAGUCUGGAAAAGUAUGUACUCUUGCUGAAUGUGUGGGUACUAGUUGGUCUUUGAUAGAUACCAACUGGUCCCUUCAUCGCGAGAAAAAUUCGGAGGGACACCUCUUUUUGCUAAAGGGAAAAAAGAUGGUCAAAUUCUUCCCGGGCAGGAAGCUGGAUUAUGAACCUAAGCAUUCUGCAACACAUACAACUGAAGAUAAAACUGAACAACACUUCAUGACCUUGGUUGAAUUCUCUGCUGAAGAUCCUUAUGGCAAAGCAGUGGCAUUGCUUGACCUAAAAGCUGGAUGCGUCAAGAUAAAGGAAGAAUCAGUAACAGUUCCUGGGAUCAUAUUGGCUUUUAUACUGUCAAAUAAGCUAAAAAAGGAAAGUUAUGAUGGAUUUGCUGUUAAUGCUGCGGAGAUGGGUAGUUUAGAGGAAGAAAUUCAUGAGAACCCUGAGGAAGGCAAAGGAAACAAACUGAGCUCUUCCGAACCAAAAGAAGUUAAGCUUACAUCCGAGGUGAUUGAAGGAAAUGUGGUUACGUCUCAAAAAGGUGGAGGCUGUAGUGGAGCAUGUGGCAGUGGGUGUGGAAAUGCAACAAGGAGUGCUGGCUCUGGUGGUGGGGGAUGUGGAAACAUGGAGAAGAGUAGCGGAUGCGGCAGCGGCUGUGGCGGAGGAUGUGGAAGCUUGGUGAAGAGUGGCGGUUGUGGAGGGUGUGGUGCUGGCUGCGGAGGUGGAGGUGGGUGUGGAAACAUACUGAAGAGCAGUGGCUGUGGUGGGUGUGGCAGUGGCUGUGGAAACAUGCUGAAGAGUGGUGGCUGUGGUGGUAGCGGAGGUUGUGGUUUGGGGUGCGGAAGCUUAUUCAAGGGUAAUGGUUAUCAUGGAAACACAUCUGGUAACCUAUGUGCAGAAGACAACCCUAAGGCAGUAGUUGUGAUAUCUGUGGAUAAUGCAUCACAAUAAGUUUCCUUGUGAGUUAGGAUUGAAUUGAACAUUCAAACCUCGAAGAGCUCUGUAUAAAUUUAUGUGCGCCCGCCCAGUUUGGUGAUGUAAAUCUAAAGUUUAUGGUAUUGCUUUUUCCAUUUUUGGUCAUUGGGACUCAUCGGAACAAUCAGAGAACUAUAAAAGUGAUCACUGUCCUCAUUGUAAAAAUUCAAUCGUCCCUCCGGCGGAUUAAAAUCCGAAGGCGAGAAUUGUUAGGUUGCAUAGUGUUUGUAUUGUGUCUCAUUAGUUUAUGCUACUGCGGAAUAUAUAGACAACCUCAAGAUGAGUGAUCAGAUCUUGAAUGCACAGUUGACAUGGCACAUUCUUCAGAAGUAGGUAAAUUCAUAUCCUGCACAGUAAAAUCGACAAGAUAAUGUGUGCGCCAUGUUAAGAGAUGCAUGAGAGAGAGAGAGAGGAGCAAUGUCUCUACGCCCUAAUUCGAAGACCGAGUCGCAGAAGAAGUCGAUGUAGUCUGUAGUGAACGCCGACGACGCGCGGCGGAGGAGGAGGUGAACUUGGUCGUGGUUAGGAAGAACAAUCGGGUUUCUCGAUUUCUCGUGUUUAGUUUUGCGAAUUGAAUUCUAGGUAUUUUGAAUGCAGGUGAUUGGGUUUAGGGUUUUGUUGACUUGAAAUUGAGGUGUGAUUUUGGAUUUACAAAUUGGGUUCUCACUCACCGCCUUGUUUUGGAGUCAACAUCUAUGCAUACUUGUUUUCUGUAAACUUUGCAGGUAUCAGGAACGAAAGAUUGCUCUCUGCUUUCCCGUUGCAAAGAGAAUAGGUAAUUUCAUGGUGGCGGACUGAUACAAUGAGAUUUGCCUUGUUUUCCGUUGUUCUGCUUGUGGUGUUGGUUUACUGAGAGGAUGAGUCAGGAGAUAGAAAUGAGGAGAAGAAGCUUGCAUUUUCUAGCCAUGCUUCUUUGGUUUCCAGCGAACUGCGACUCCAAUUCAGGUUCACAGUUGGUGGUAGUGACUUUGAUGUUUUUGCUCAAUCUAAAAUCAUUAAAGGCUGCAUAGAUGAUUUUAGUUGCUACUGAUGCUUAAUUGAAUUGAUUGGGAACCAAAGUUAGAUCUUUUUGGGGCACAGCUCAGCUAUCUAUGCAUCCUCGCUACAUACAUGAUGGUGUCACUAGAUCGAGUUGUUAUUGAACAUGGUGCAGUUCCACUGUUUGUGCACCUUCUAAGCUUCAGCAGUGAUGAUGUCAGAGAGCAGGUUCCGACUACCUCUUACAUUUUUUUUUUUCUACUUGAUAGAGCAGUAAUAAGCGAAUUUGGCCAGCAUAUGCCUCUCUAUGUCCUUAUUAUCACCAGUUGUCCCAAUAGCACCUCUUAUAGAGCUCGGUUGAUCUAUUGUUCAUGAGAGAAUGUAAUAGAGGUUUUGGGAUAUGUUUUUGUUUUCAGACAAGAAGUUCUGGGUUAUGUUGAUGUAUUCUUGAAUAUUUGAGUUCAAUAUAUUUUUUGAUUCAAUAA